AUUGUAUUUGUGUGCGCCGUGCAAAUUGCAAAACCCUACCUGAACCCUCUCAAGUUUCAACACACAUUGUUUCCCCCAAACAACAAUGUCUCUCAGCAUUCUCCGAUCGCGAUCCAUUUCCGUCGCAGCCACCCGCCUCCUCUGCACAGCCAGUUCUGCCCCCGCUUCCGCUUCGGAGUCGGCUCCGCCACCGGAGGCCGAGCCACGCCGCCACGGUGGCUUCCUCAAGUUCGCCGUCGGAAGCAUACUCACCGGUGCCAUCGCCACUGCCGGUUACGCAUCUUACGCUUACAGUUUGAAUGAAAUAGAAGAAAAAACUAAGCCUUUCCGUGAGUCAGUGAAGAAGAGUCCAGGUGAUGGAGCUACUUCACUUGAUAAAUUUCAAGGGUUGCUAUACUCUGCAGCAAUGACAGUGCCUGCUAAAGCGAUAGAGCUCUAUUUGGAUGCAAGAAAGUUAGUUGAAGAACAAGUUCGGAGCUACACGGAGCCACAUGCAGAGAAGCUUCUUCCAGAUUUGUCUCCUCAAGAGCAACAUGCGUUUACACUUGUUCUGGAUCUCAACGAGACAUUGAUUCAUUAUAUGUGGACGCGAGAGACAGGCUGGCAGACAUUUAAGAGACCUGGUGUUGAUGCAUUCUUGGAACAUCUUAGUAAAUAUUAUGAAAUUGUCGUCUACAGCGAUGAACAAAAUACUUUUGUAGAUCCUGUCGUAGAAAGGCUGAAUAAUCCCAGGCCAACUAUACGAUUUGCGCUAGCAAGGACAGCUACGAAGUAUCAAGAUGGGAAACAUUUCAGAGAUCUUUCAAAAUUAAACAGGGAUCCUGCAAAAGUUCUCUAUUUAAGUGGCCAUGCUUUUGAAGGUUGCCUUCAACCUGAGAACUGCGUCCCAAUUAAGCCAUGGCAGCAGACCGAUAAAGAUGAUACAGCUCUGUUGGAUUUUAUACCAUUUCUCGAGUAUGUUGCCUGUAGUAGUCCAGCUGAUAUAAGGCAAGUGCUAGCAUCUUAUCAGGGAUGUGAUAUUCCAGCUGAAUUUAUUAGACGUUCCAAAGAUCACCAAAGGAAAAUGCAAGAGCAGAAAGGUCGAGGUCGCUUCUGGAGAAAUUGAUCCCAGGAUUAACGUAAAAAUGGAAAAAUUAUUGCGCCUCCUCAUUGCUGCGAGAUGAGAAUAUUUAGUUUCAUUGCAAGUUGAUGAUAAUGAUGAGUGAUUACAUUGUAUUGAUUUUAGAGAAACAUUAACCCACAUGAUUUUUCAAUUUCUGCGUUUGCACUUUUUUUUAUCAUAAAGGGAGAGAAAAACUGGCCUAAAAAAAGUUCAGUGUAAAAGGGGUCUCAAAAUUCUAGGAGAACCAGUAGGAUUUAUCUAGAGAGAAAAAUGUAAAUUUUUGGUUUUUUUUUUUCCCAAUAUUUUGCCGUCUGUUGAAAUUCUGUUGCUGUUCAAUUUAUAAAUUCCAGCUAGCUUUUGG